CUACCAAUAGAAGAUCAGUAGAAAUUCCUAGCCCUCCAAAAUCUGUCUCUGAUGCAGACUUGUCAAAAAAGAAAAGUGUAAAGAAGGCUAAAGGUGGAAUUAAGAUUGAAGUGAUGCAUGAAGCGAGUCAGGGAGGCUCCAGCAGAGUCUUGGUAAUAAGUGAAAGUGAAGAAAAUCUUUCUACUAGGAGAAGCCAUAUAAUAAAUGAACUGAUAGAAACCGAACGGGCUUACGUAGAGGAACUUCAAAGCAUAAUCGAGGGCUAUGCAUCAGAAAUGGACAACCCUGAUUUAAUUCACAUGAUCCCAGCUGUGGUUUCGAACAAGAAGGAAGUUCUUUUCGGAAACCUCUCAGAAAUCUAUGAAUUUCAUAACAGAAUCUUCCUCAAAGAGCUGGAAAACUGCAUAGAAAAACCUGAGCUUCUGGGUCGGUGCUUUUUAAAAAGAAAAGAAGAUCUCCAGAUCUAUGAAAAAUAUUGUCAAAACAAGCCAAAGUCAGAAGCUCUUUGGAGGCAGUGUGGAGACAGCCUUUUUUUUCAGGAAUGUCAGCGAAAAUUAGAUCAUAAACUCUCCCUUGAUGCUUAUCUUUUAAAGCCGGUCCAGAGGAUUACCAAAUACCAGUUGCUUUUGAAG